CACGCCCUGGCGAGGCUUGCUUGGUGGCCGGAGCCGCACCGCUGUCACAGCGUCAAGAGCCGCCGCCACCGCCACAACUCGCACCACUUCUCCCGGCGAUCCUUAGAAAGCGAGAUGCGGCUCAUAUUGGUUGCACUGGCUGUGCUGGCUGGCGUGGCGAGCGCUCAACACCAAUUUAUCGAGAGCGAGGCAGAGCUGCUAGCUCUGCCUCAUGACCAGUUGAUCCACUCUGACGCAGAGUUGGAGGCUGUAGAGACCGUGGGUUCUCAGACCCGCAGAGACAUCCAUCAGCUUACCCUCGAGGAGCCCUACAGCGCCUCCUUGAGAGAGCUGCCCUUCGGAGCCCGCCUUCCCGGCUACGAGAAGAUCCAGUACGCCUAUGGAUACACCAUACCAGAAGAACAGAGUUCACAGGUCUUGACUACAACGACUGAAAGAACUGUCGGGGAGCAGCAAGCGACAAAUGAAUUCAAACCCUUUUACUUCUUAGCUCCGCCGGAGACUAGGCUGGUGCCCCCAAGUGAGGAGUAUCGACCUCCAUGGGUUGUGCCUGGCGUUACUGUGCCUCUUGCGUCGCAUAUGCAGAUUCCAGGGGUUAAAACAGUGACUCACUCCGGCAUCUUUGAUUCAUAUCUAUCUCCCGUCUUCGAUUUUAACACAACAGACCCCUUGCCCUCACCGCCAAUCGAGGAGUAUCUACCCCCUGAAUUCGGGUUCGGAACUGAGCCCACCACCACACCAAGGAUUGUGCAUUCUGUAAUACCUACAGUGAAAUCCGAAGAAGAGUCCUCUCGAGUGACAAUAAAGACCGACUCUUCUGUCCCUACCCCUCCUUCGGGAGAGUACCUACCACCUUUUCUUCAAUCACACGUUGGAGUGAGAGAUGUGAAGAAGAAAGAGAUAACUGAAGGGGUCAAGGGGGAAAGGGCACCUCUACCUCCAGGGCUUCAGAGAAGGGCAGAUUGUCUCCAGAGUACCGACUGUCUGGAUCAUGAGGUGUGCCUGAAGGAGAAGUGCGUCAAUGGGUGUGUUAUAGCGGAGAGUGUGUGCGUGGGCCUCUCCGUCUGCCGCACGCGACGUCACACUCCCGCCUGCGUCUGCCUCAACAUGUCCACAGCCAUCACGGUGAAGGUGGGCGGCCGCGAGCAGUACGACUGUGUGCCUAUGGUCAUGCCGGAGGGGGUACAGGGUCGACCGGGCCAUCGGAGACCAGAUACAAUCUCUGGCCGCAUCCUAAACAGGUGGCAGCGACCCUCUCCCACAGUGACGGUGGUCCGUGGCACCCCACACACCUACCGCACCUCACCCGUGGCAGUCUUGCCCAGAGAGAGAGUGAGCGCAUUCCGACAAGGAGGAUUCAGAGAUGACGGCUUCCAGGGGUCGAGGACAAACCCAUGUUCUCCGUCGCCAUGCGGGCCCAACACGCUCUGUGAGGUCACACGAGACGACAGAGCCCGCUGCAGGUGUCUUGAAGGCUAUGUCACCGAAUCGACUACCAUCGAGGGCUGCAAGCCUCAGUGCGUCGAAGACGAAGAGUGCCCUGACGACCACAGGUGUCGGAACAGGAAAUGCGUGCGCGUGUGCGAGGGAGGAGCGUGCGGCUUGAACGCUUAUUGUGACGCCCGGAACCAUAAACCGAUUUGCGAAUGUCCACCAGGUUACAGAGGCAACGCCCAAACUCAAUGCACCAGAUCCCUCCCUGAGCUCCGAGAUGCACCAAAACCUCUCCCUGUCGACCCCUGCUACGGCAAUCCCUGUGGAGAAAACGCCGAUUGCAAGGAAGAGAAUGGGCGGGCGGUGUGCCGGUGUCCUCACGGCUACGACGGAAACCCACUGACAAGAUGCAACCGUGGAGAGUGUAUAGAGAACCGGGACUGCCCGUCCUUCAAGCUCUGCAGGCAGCUUAAGUGCGUCAACCCAUGCUCCGACUCCAGCAUAUGUUGGGCUAACUCUGAAUGCCAAGUGAAGGAUUACCAGGUUAUCUGCACCUGCCGGCCAGGCUACGAACCUGAUGGUGACCGAGGAUGCAGGAGAUUUGAUCCCAGCAGACUGUGCCUGCCGUCACCCUGCGGCCGCAACACCCAUUGUAAGGUCAAGAACGAGCGUGCUGUGUGCUCCUGCAUUGACAACUACCUCGGAAACCCACUCGAGGAGUGCAGGCCGGAGUGCGAGCACCAUGAACAAUGCGACCAAAAUCAGCACUGCAGGAAUAACAGGUGCCGCAACCCGUGUGUCGACUCCUGUGGUGAAAACGCCAUCUGUGAUGUGAGGAACCAUCAGGCCGUCUGCUCAUGCCCAGAAUAUUACCAGGGAGAUCCUUAUACAAGGUGCUUUGCUGAGUGCCUCAACCACGAUGAAUGCCCCGAUCACCAGGCCUGUCACAAUCUGAAGUGUGCCAACCCAUGCACUGGUGCCUGCGGCACGGGGGCAGACUGCAAGGUGGUGAAACACCAAGCCAUCUGUUCCUGCCCUAAGGGAUACACCGGUCACCCCUUCGAACACUGCCGACCUUUCACCGACGCUGACUUCUGUCAACCCAGCCCAUGUGGAAAGAACUCCAACUGUGAGGUCGGCACCGACAGGAAUGGUGUGAAGAAGUCUGUGUGUACCUGUAUCCAUGGCUUCAUUGGCAACCCUCUGACAGAGUGCAGACAGGGCGACUGUACCACGGACAGCGACUGUAGCGUCAACCAGGCUUGCUACCUCUUCGAGUGUGUGAACCCCUGUGUGACUCUCUUUGGGAGUGUGUGCGGAGAAGACGCCAUUUGUACAGUGAGGGACCGCAAGCCCGUGUGCUCCUGCCCCAGCGGCUACAGCGGAGACGCCAGGGAGAGAUGUACCCCCGCAGCCCACAGCCGCAGCCGCUACUCCGGCGGCAGUUUCAAAUAGUAUGAAAAAGGGAAAAAAACAUUCCUCUUCCUCUUUCCUUCUCCUUCUAUUCCUCCUACACCACACCCCCAACACCCUGGAACAGAUGUGAAGCACCACGAGAAUGAGGAGAAGAUGAAGAGGAGAGACAAUGGAAGGAUGGACAGUUGAAGAAAAGGUUAAUAAGAAGAUUUAUCAAUCCACACGAAGCAGGGAAAGGCAAAUUGAGUGGAAACAGGUUGACAAUUGUGGGGUUUGCCCAUAGUGUCGCUGUUGUGAUUCGUGAAUCUUCAAGACUCUAUCAAGUAUUUGGAAGAAUUUUAA